CACCUACGUCUCUGCGGCGCAAGGCGGCCGAGGGCUCGCCGGGAAGUGGAGUCUCGCCGCCCGCAUCUCCCAUUUUCCACAGGUUUCGCGAGAUUUUCACAGGCGGGUUUGACGUGUGGCAGCGUUUCUCUGCCGGGGCGUAACGAACGACAACCCCGACAUGAAAUCUGCGUAAACGGUAACGCGGGCCUUUUGACUUUCUGGAGGCAUGUCCAAGAAAAGGGGCAGAAAGCGGAGCAGCGGGGAGCUGAGCGACACGUCGACCCCGGACCCCAACAGCAUCCUGGGAGUGCGCAUUCAGCACAACUGGCGCGAGAAGGGCAACCAGAGCAAGUGGAAGGGGACGGUGCUGGACCGGCUCAGCGUGAACCCGUCCCUCUUCAUGGUGAAGUACGACGGCUUCGACUGCGUCUACGGCAUCGAGCUGUUCAAGGACGAGCGGGUGUCGAACCUGCAGGUCCUGACGGAGAAAGUCGUAAACAACAAGAUUAAGAUUCCCCCCGGGGCGGAGGAGCUGGUGGGCAAAGCUGUGGAGCACCUGUUUGAAAAGGAGGAUGGGGAGAAGAACGAGUGGCGAGGCAUGGUCCUCUCCAGAGCUCCCAUCAUGACCAACUGGUAUUAUAUCACUUAUGAAAAGGACCCCGUGCUUUAUAUGUACCAGCUGUGGGACGACUACGCCGACGGAGACCUCCGGAUUCUGCCCGAAGCAGAGAACAAACACCUGUUGCCGGCAGACAGGAAGCCGGGAGAAGAGACGGAGAGCCUGGUGGGGAAGCAAGUGGAGUACGUCACCGACAAGGGCGUGAAGAGAACGGGCCUGGUGAUCUACCAGGUCCCGGCCAAGCCCUCCGUCUACUACAUCAAAUACGAUGAUGACUUUCAUAUCCAUGUCUAUGACCUGGUGAAAACCACCUAGAGACGGUGGACCCGGGCCCUCCCUCCAUCUGCUUCUGUUCCACACGUCGGCCCCAUCCGUUUCUCCAAAAACCACGUUGGGGAUUGAAUAGUUAUGCUUUAUUGUUCGGAAGAAGAAGAAGAAGAUGACAAAAAAAAAAAGUGCAAUCUGUUUUUCAUAUGCACAGCAGAACUGUAGCACCGCUAUGCUUGGCUAUAUUUCGAGGGAAUUGGAUUGUUUUAUUGUUGCUGUUCUACUUUAAACUGUUUUUUUGGACAGUCCACGACUGCAGCUGUUGCUGCAUUUGCAUCACUGACCUUGAGAGACUCUGAUUUGUCCUUAAGUAUUAUCUUAAUUAAAUGUAUGACGCAAAAGGCUGCUCAAAAUAUUCUUUUAAGACUCUUUGGGUCAUUAACUAGCCAGUAAGCAUGACACACACGUUAUAUUGGGGAUUAGAUUCCUUCCUCUGAUUAAGUGGGCCGAUACAUAAUUCUUUUGUAUUGUAUUCAUGUGACCAUAUUUUAUGUGACCAUAUUAUCACAUUUAAGUGUUGGUACUGGAAGUCAAACAUGAUAGUGGGACCCUAAUAUUUACAAAAUGUCGUUCAGAUGAAUUACGCUUUUCAUCAUGAUGAAAUAUACUCUUGCACCAUAUUUAGCGUCGUAUAGGAUCCUUUGCACUGGUGAUGAAGACGCGUUUUUGCUAAAUUUGUCAUUCGAAUUUGAUCCGACACCAAUCAUAAAAGUGCCUUCUGGCUUGUCAUUUUGCAAUAUUGUACAUAGAGCGUCUACCCGCGCUCUCAUGAGUCAUCGCGUGUGAAGGCUGCCAUUUGGUUUUCUUUCGGGCGACACUGACAGCUUGAGGAAAGUUUUGCAACCAUCUAGUUUAUUUAAGUGCUGUGUUUUGCUCUUAAUGCCGUAUGAAAAUGUACUAUAAAUAUUACACAUCUUCAUUGGUUGUGUAAGCUCACUGUUGAUCUUGUGGGGAGCACUUUAUUGUAUAAAGUUUACAUGUUUAGGUUCUGGUACGCUUUAGUUUCCCCAAAUAGCUUUUAUCCUUCAGAGCAAAUGUGGCAGAAUAAAUGCUUUCGCGCAUGAAGAGAAAAGAAAAAUGUGUUGCAAUACAUUUAGAUGACAGUAUUAAAUAUGUACAACUUGUGUAAAAUG